AUGAAAUUUAAUCUUCAGGUGACCGUGAUAAUUAAAGAGCUUCGGUUGUUUCACUUGGGCUCUGAGGAGUUGCUGAGAAGUUUUAAGGCAGCUUGCCUCGAGGAGGGUGAUCAUAUACACUGCUUUCACCAAUCACUCGCCCCCAGUUCGUUAAGUUAUGUUACACCAGACAGGCAAACAGUAUUGAAGCGGUGUUAUUGUGAUGAUUUUGAUAAAGGAAAGCGGUAUCUUGGUUGGUUUAGGAAGAAGGAUAUGGGUGCUUUGACUUCGUUGCAGGCAGCAGCAUUUGCUUUGCGGGCUGAAUAA